AUGCUGUUCGGCUUUUCGUUUCUGUUAGUAUUCGUGGCUCCUGUGCUCUACUCAAUUUCGUUACGAGAACUGAAAGCGAUUUGUCCCGGCGAGAGGCAAAUCUGCACCGGCAAAGCUUUGAAGGGCGACUGUUUCGGAUCGUCAUUGAGAGCGACGGUUCUGCAAAAGGAAUGCAAGUGUUCCUGCGACGCAGUACAUCACGAUCGGAUCCAGAAAUGCUGUAGUGCCGUCGGUGAACAGGAGAUGAAGUUCUGCCUUCCACUCUGCCGAUACAACACCAGCAAUGAGGAGGUAUUUUUUCACAUUAGUACUUGA